CAAUGGCUUCCAGGACUCAAACAUGGCGCUAACGGCCCCACCUUCCGAAUACCCGUGCUUCUCAUUGGGCAGUUAACGCGAAGUCAUAACCGCGUCCCUGGUUGACGAAGGACGCGCGCGGCCUCUUCGGGAGACUCCUAGACACAUCAGAAGCAAGAAAUGGAGACAGUGACCUUUGAGGAUGUGGCUGUGGACUUCACCUUAGAAGAAUGGGCUUUGUUGGAUUCCAGUCAAAAGAAGCUCUACAGAGAUGUGAUGAAGGAGACAUUUUUCAACCUGAUCUCCAUAGAGAAGACACUAGAAGAAAGGAUUGAAGAGGACUACAAAAAUCUCAACAGAAAUACGGGAAGUCCAGUGCUUGAGGAAGACUGUGGAUAUGAAUGUGAUACUGAGUGUGAUAAAAAUCAGGAAGCUGUUACAGAGAAUAUCACCAGUAAAGAUAUGUCUCCUGGAGUAAGAGUUCAUGACAGCCCAUUGCUUGUAAGAAACAUCAUUGGCCAUUCAUCCUCACAUGACUCUCUCAGAGACCUAACUACACAGAUACUAUCUGUGUAUACCAAAGCUAUGGUAAAUUCUUACAGAUAUCAGGGACAUUGGCAAGAUAUCAAUCAUUGUGAAUCACAUGAGGUACUUGACGUUUCUAAGGAGAAACCCUGGAAAUGUCAGCAAUGUGAUGAAGUCUGUAGGAGUGUCUCUUCUGAUCAUCCUCAGCAGAGAAGUCACACUGGAGACAAUGUCAAUGACAGUGAUUCUGUGAGUGACACACAUGACCAGAAUGAUGAAGGGAUCCAUAAUGAAGUGAAACAGUUUGUAUGUAAGCUCUGUGAAGAAUCCUUCACUGAUCCCAGUGACCUUUACAUCCAUGAAAAUAGUCAUGUUGGACAGGAAAGGUACAAUGGUAGGCAGUGUGGCAAAACAUCUACAUAUACAGAAUGCUUUGAGAGUCAUAAAGUAACUCACACAGAAGAGAAGCCUUAUGCUUGUAGCCAUUGUGGAAAAGCAUUCACCAGCUUCAGUGUUCUGAAUGUUCAUCAAAGGAUUCACACUGGAGUGAAACCGUAUAAAUGUAAGCAUUGUGGAAAAGCCUUCAGUUACUCCAGUAGCCGUUACAAACAUGAAAGGACUCACACUGGAGAGAAGCCUUAUGCAUGUAGGCAUUGUGGAAAAGCCUUCAGUGACCUCAGUAGUCAAAAAAGACAUGAGAGUCUUCAUACUGGAGAGAAGCCUUAUGCAUGUAAGGAGUGUGGAAAAGCAUUUACACGCAAUAGUAUUCUCAUCAUUCAUGGAAGAAUUCACACUAGAGAAAAGCCUUAUGCGUGCAAUCAUUGCAGCAAAUCUUUCAGGGACUCCAGUAGUCGUAACAGACAUGAAAGAAAACAUACUGGAGAGAAGCCUUUUCCAUGUAAAUAUUGUGGAAAAGAUUUUCCUGACUAUAUGAUUCUUGAGAGACAUGAAUGUUUUAACACCAGAGAGAAGCCUUAUGCAUGCAAGCAUUGUGGAGAGGCUUUCAGGGACUCUAGUAGUCGUAACAUACAUGAAAGGAUUCACACUGGAGAGAAGCCUUAUGCAUGCAAGCAUUGUGGAGAGACUUUCAGGUACUCCAGUAGUCGUAACAUACAUGAAAGGAUUCACACUGGAGAGAAGCCUUAUGCAUGCAAGCAUUGCGGCAAAGCUUUCAGUGACUCCAGUAGUCGUAACACACACGAAAGAAGGCACACUGGAGAGAAGCCUUAUGCAUGUAAGCAUUGUGGAGAAUCUUUCACGGACUCCAACAGUCGUAACAGACAUGAAAGAAAGCACACUGGAGAGAAGCCUUAUGCAUGCAAGCAUUGUGGAAAAGCCUUCAGUGAACUCAGCCAUCAAAAAAGGCAUGAGAGUGUUCACAUUGGAGAGAAGCCUUAUGCAUGUAAGCAGUGUGCAAAAGCAUUUCCGUGCUCCAGUGAUCUCAUCAUUCAUGGGAGGAUUCACACUAGAGAGAAGCCUUAUGCAUGCAAGCAUUGCGGCAAAGCUUUCAGUGAUUCCAGUAGUCGUAACACGCAUGAAAGAAGGCACACUGGAGAGAAGCCUUAUGCAUGCAAGCAUUGUGGAGAAUCUUUCACGGAAUCCACCAGUCGUAACAGACACGAAAGAAAGCACACCGGAUCAAAGCCUUAUGCGUGCCAGCACUGCAGCAAAGCUUUCAGUGACUCCAGUAAUCGUAACAAACAUGAACGGACUCACACUGAAGAGAAGCCUUAUGGUUGCAAGCAUUGUGGCAAAGCUUUCAGGGACUCCUGGGGUCGUAACAGGCAUGAAAGAAAGCACACUUGAGAGAAACCUUACGCAUGUAAACACGUAGAAAAACCUCCAACAUUUCUACUUGUCCUCAACUUGCAUGAAAAAAAUCCCAAUAGAGAGAAACCCUUUAUAUGUAAAAUGUGGGAAACUGUUCAUUCAUUCUAGUGAUCUUAACAGACAUGAAAGAGUUCACUCAAAAGUCAGGCCGUAUGCAUGGAAGCAUUGACAAAGCCUUCACCUGCUCUGGUCAUCUUAACAGACAUGACACAGUUGACAGUAGUCAGUAGGCUCAUGCUUGUUAGCAUUGUGGGAAAGCUUCCACUAGUUCUACAUGGCACUAGAGUAAUUAAAACAUUUACAGUGGAGAGAAAUCCUUUGUAAACAUUAGGGAAUGUGUUUCUUUGUUCUUGUCAUUUUCUCAAACAUAAAAGACCUUACACUGGUGAGAAGCCUUAUCAGUUUCAGCAUGGUGGGAAAGCCUUGACCACUCCAGUUUCUGUAACCCUCAUGUAAGAAUUGCACUGACAAGAAGCCCAUUGCAUGUAUGCAUUUAAGUAUUGUUCAAAAUCCUUCCCCAGUUGCUGCUGUCAUGAUCUUCUCAAGAAUUCACCCUGGUGAGAGUCCUUACAUGUGGGGCUAUGUGACAAAUCCUUGAGCGGCUAUAGUUACUAUUAUUAUAGUCAGGUUUUUUUCCCCAUUUGCAAAAGAAUUUUUUGUUUGGAAUAAAUGUGGGGAAGUACUCAAAGUGCUUAGAAUGAAUAAAAUUAAAACUCAAUUUAA